AUCUCGACUGAGAUUACAAAUUUUAAAUGGAUUGGUUGAAGAGCUUGAAACCCUAAAUUUCGAAUCCCUAAUUUAGUCCUUCGAUAUUUGACAAUGCGAGGUUCUCAAGCAGAAGAAUCGUCUCGGCAGCAAAAGCUCUGUGGCUUCUGCAACGUAGUUCUCUCUGUGAAUUCACCUCAACAGAAUCAACAUAACGACCUCUCCAAGGCCUUACCUUUCGGCACUCGUUGUUACCUCUAUAGAGACGGGUCUAGUGUUGGUUUUCGAUCCAAGGAUGGUAUAUUGUUGUCUCUAAUUGAAUGCAGCGGUAAUUGGGCUUCUGAGAUUGAAGCAAAAGAUCAUUCAGAGGUUGAUUCCAGGUUUUCGACUCCAAAUUCGAGAAAAAAUAAGGUUAAACGGAGAAAAUAUGGUUCGUCAAGGAAGAAGAGCCGAACAAUUGGGCUUGUGCAUGGUAGCAUGAGCGUGGUCCAUCAGCUUCACGCUUUGACAUUGCACAAGUGUUUGGAGAUUGUUGCUAGAGUAGUUAGGAUUUCGAUUGGUGAUAGCGGUGAUGCGAGGGCUGUGCUAAUGGUCGAUGUGUAUUUGCCGCUCGCAGUAUGGUCGGGUUGGCAAUUUCCCAAAUCAGGGUCGACGGCCGCUGCUCUAUUUAGGCACAUGAGUUGUGACUGGGAGCUGAGAAACUCGAUGCUCCAUGACGACAGAAACCAAUUUAUAUAUAGUCAGAAAGAUGAUGAGGUCAUUUGGAAUGAUUCUGAUUGUCAUGUUCUUGGAUGUAAACUGCACCAGAAUGCAAUUGGAUCUUCCAAGAAGAAGCUUUUUGAGCUCCAUGAAAUUUUCAGGAGUUUACCUGGUGUUUCAAAGGAGGGAAAAGUUUAUUCUACAAGAAUCAAACCGGCAGAUGAUUGUCUUAGUUCAGGCAUUUGUGAGGUUUCAGAUGAUGUACUGACUAGAAUUCUGAUUGCGCUUGGCCCUAUGGAUCUAGUCAGAGUUGCAGCUAGUUGUCGCCAUCUUAGAUCCUUGGCAUUAUCAAUCAUGCCAUGUAUGAAGCUUAAGCUUUUCCCUCAUCAGCAGGCUGCAGUUGAGUGGAUGUUACAGCGUGAACGCAAUAACAGCGUCUUGCCACACCCUCUAUACAUGGAUUUCUCAACUGAGGAUGGGUUCCAUUUUUAUGUAAAUUCUGUUUCUGGUCAGAUAGCCACUGGGAUCAUUCCCACCAUAAGAGAUUUCCGUGGUGGUAUGUUUUGUGACGAGCCAGGCUUGGGUAAGACCAUAACUGCAAUCUCUCUUAUUCUAAAGACUCAAGAAACAUUGGCAGACCCACCAGAAGGAGUCAAAGUGACAUGGUGUAAGCAUAAUCCUGAACAAAAGUGUGGCUAUUAUGAGAUGAGUUCUAGUAAUUUCUCUGCUGGGAAUUUGGUGCCGUCAUGGAAAGUGUUCACUGGUCAAAAUGGGGGUAGGGGACAGAUAAGUCCAGAUACGACUCCAAUUCAAAUCUCAACACGCUCCUUAUCAAAGAGAGCAAGAUUAAUAGCUUCAGAUGAGCUUUACUUGAGGGCUAGUGAUUCCUGUCCUGGCAAAUUAGGAACUGCAUCUUCCACAUCUACAUGCUCUUCACUGGCAUCACAUGUCCUUCGGAGUUCUAGGAGCCUGAGUUGUGUUAAGAGAAAUCUUCUAACUGCAUAUGAAGAGGCUUCAGGUCCUUCAAAAGAAAACAAGGUCAGGAAAAGUUCAGAUAGUCCAACAAAUUUCUUUCUGAAAAAGCAAGAUACUGUGUCAUCUCUAUUACCCAAUAGUUGCAAGAAGGCUCGAAAGGCUUGUGUUGAUCAUUCUGAAUGUAAUGAGACUUGGGUUCAGUGUGAUUCUUGUCGCAAGUGGCGGAAGCUUUCUGAAACCAGUAUGCCCGAUGCUACUGAGCCAUGGUUUUGUAGCAUGAAUUCUGACCCUUUCCACCAGACUUGUACCAGUCCAGAGGAAUCUUGGGACUAUAGCAGGCCCAUAACAUACUUACCGGGAUUUCGUACCAAAGGAACCUCGGGUGGGAAGGAGCAUAAUGUGGCAUUUUUCACAGGCGUGCUAAAGGAGCACUAUACAUCAAUAAACUCUACAACAGUGAAGGCUUUAACUUGGUUGGCUGGACUUUCUGAGGACAAACUCUUGAAAAUGGAAACAGUUGGUUUGACACGUCCAGUUUUAGAUCCUCGUAUCAGUCCUGGAGGAGGUGCAGAUGGAUGCCAUAAAAUUUUUCAAGCAUUUGGUCUCAUUGUGAGAGUUGAAAAGGGUACUGGUAGAUUGUAUUACCCACACCGUCUUGACAACUUGGCUUUUGAUUUAGCUGCAUUACAAAUUGCUCUCACAAAGCCUUUAGACAUAGUAAGGUUCUAUUUGUCAAGAGCAACACUAAUUGUUGUCCCAGCAAAUUUAGUUGAUCACUGGAAAACACAAAUCCGAAAGCAUGUCAAACCUGGGCAACUGCGUGUUUAUGUCUGGACUGAUCAAAAGCCCUGUGCACACAAUCUGGCAUGGGACUAUGAUAUUGUAAUAACCACCUUUAGUCGUUUAAGUGUAGAAUGGGGCCCGCGUAAGAAGAGCGUUUUGAUGCAGGUGCACUGGCUUAGAAUAAUGUUGGAUGAAGGACACACCCUUGGUUCAAGUCUAAGCUUAACAAACAAAUUGCAAAUGGCCAUUUCAUUGAGUGCUUCCAAUCGGUGGUUAUUAACUGGAACACCCACUCCAAACACACCCAAUAGUCAAGUUUCUCAUCUUCAACCCAUGCUUAAGUUCCUUCACGAGGAAGCAUAUGGGAAAAAUCAGAAGUCAUGGGAGGCAGGUAUCCUUAGGCCGUUUGAGGCAGAGAUGGUGGAAGGCCGGUCGCGUCUGUUGCAGCUACUUAAUAGGUGCAUGAUCAGUUCCAGAAAGGUGGAUUUACAAGUGAUCCCACCUUGCAUCAAGAAGGUGAUUUUUCUUGAUUUUACUGAAGAACAUGCAAGUAGUUACAAUGAGUUGGUAGUUACUGUUCGGCGCAAUAUUUUAAUGGCCGACUGGAAUGACCCUUCGCAUGUUGAGAGCCUUCUGAACCCGAAACAGUGGAAGUUCCGAAGCACCACAAUUAGAAAUGUUAGGCUAUCAUGCUGUGUGGCUGGCCAUAUUAAAGUAACAGAUGCUGGAGAGGAUAUUCAGGAAACCAUGGAUCUUCUAGUGGAACAAGGUCUGGGUCCUACUUCAGAAGAGUAUGUUUUUAUAAAACAUUAUCUUCUGAAUGGUGGCAACUGUUUCAGGUGCAAAGAAUGGUGUCGUUUACCUGUCAUUACUCCAUGUAGGCAUCUUCUAUGCCUUGAUUGUGUUGCUCUGGACAGUGAAAGGUGUACUUUUCCUGGUUGUGGGAAUUGUUAUGAGAUGCAGACUCCUGAAACAUUAGCCCGUCCAGAAAAUCCUAACCCAAAAUGGCCUGUUCCCAAAGAUCUCAUUGAAUUGCAACCUUCAUAUAAACAGGAUGACUGGGCUGCUGAUUGGCAUGCAACAUCGAGCAGCAAAGUUGCUUAUCUUGUGGAAAGGUUGAAAGCUUUGCAGGAGGCUAAUAGAAAGAUCAGUUGCUCGUUGAAUGAGAACGAGGUUGUCAAGCGCUCUGAUGAUCAUCUUUUUCCUUCUCAGAAAAGCUAUUGGAAUGUAUUACUGCGCCAUGAGGCCUGCACUCAACCAAACGAGGAGUCUUAUGGGACACCUCCUGAGAAAGUGAUAAUAUUUUCACAGUUUCUUGAGCAUGUACAUGUCAUUGAACAACAGUUAACAGUUUCUGGUAUCAAGUUUGUUGGAAUGUAUAGUCCAAUGCAUUCUGCCAACAAGAUGAAAUCAUUAGCAAGCUUCCAGGAGGAUGCAAAUUGCAUGGCUCUAGUAAUGGAUGGAAGUGCAGCGCUGGGUCUUGAUUUAAGCUUUGUCACACACGUAUUUUUAAUGGAGCCUAUCUGGGACAGAAGUGUGGAGGAACAAGUUAUUAGUCGGGCUCAUCGAAUGGGUGCAACUCGUCCUAUUCAUGUGGAAACUUUGGCCAUGCGUGGUACCAUUGAAGAGCAAAUGAUGAAUUUCUUACAGGAUGCUGGUGAGUGUAGAAGAACCUUGAGUGAAGAGUUUGGGAGAACCGAGCGUGAAGGGGCACGAGCACAUCGUACAUUGCAUGAUUUUGCUGAGAGCAAUUAUUUGGCUCAGCUUAGCUUUGUAAGGAUGAGUACCAAGUCAUGAAGGAAAUUGAUUGUUCAAUCUUUCUACUUCUUAACCUGGUUUCCUCUAAUAUUAGAAACUCUUUGAUCAAAUUCUCUUCAAAAGAGGAAUCGUGGAUCAAGAUGUUACUUUUUCUUUGAUUUA